GUCGUGACUUCACUCUCCACUCGUGAAAGCAGAAAAUGAUGAGUGAUGCCAGCGAUAUGCUGGCAGCUGCUUUGGAGCAGAUGGAUGGUAUCAUAGCAGGUUCCAAGGCCCUGGAAUAUUCCAAUGGGAUUUUUGAUUGUCAGUCUCCAACCUCCCCAUUCAUGGGGAGCUUGCGAGCCUUGCAUCUGGUAGAAGAUCUUCGUGGCUUAUUAGAGAUGAUGGAAACGGAUGAGAAGGAAGGAUUGAGAUGUCAAGUCCCUGACUCAACAGCAGAAACUCUGAUUGAAUGGCUUCAGAGUCAAAUGACUAAUGGACGUAUAUCUGGAAAUGGAGAUGUAUAUCAGGAAAGGCUAGCACGUUUAGAAAAUGAUAAAGAAUCUCUGGUUCUCCAGGUAAGCGUAUUAACAGAUCAAGUGGAAGCUCAGGGAGAAAAGAUUCGUGAUUUGGAGUUUUGUCUUGAAGAGCACAGGGAGAAAUUAAAUGCUACAGAAGAAAUGUUACAGCAGGAACUUCUGAGUAGAACAUCUCUAGAAACUCAGAAAUUGGACCUCAUGGCAGAAGUAUCUAACUUAAAGCUAAAAUUGACUUCUGUAGAAAAGGACAGAUUAGACUAUGAAGAUAGGUUCAGAGACACAGAGGGUCUAAUGCAGGAAAUUAAUGAUUUGAGAUUAAGAGUUGGUGAAAUGGACAGUGAGAGACUUCAAUAUGAGAAAAAGCUGAAAUCUACCAAAUCUUUAAUGGCCAAACUUUCUAGCAUGAAAAUCAAGGUGGGGCAGACGCAGUAUGAAAAGCAGCGGCUGGAACAAAAAUGCCAGACAUUAAAGGAUGAACUUACAUCUUUAAAAGAACAGCUGGAAGAAAAAGAAUCUGAAGUAAAAAGAUUACAAGAAAAACUGGUUUGCAAAAUGAAAGGAGAAGGAAUUGAAGUGAUUGAUAGAGAUGAAAACUGUAAAAAGAAGCUCAAAGAAAAAAAUAUUGAAGUACAGAAAAUGAAAAAAUCCAUGGAGUCCCUGAUGGCAGCAAAUGAGGAAAAGGAUCGAAAAAUUGAAGAUCUUAGACAGUGUUUGAGCAGAUACAAGAAAGUACAGGAUAUGGUUAUACUGUCUCAAGGAAAAAAAGGCAAAGAAGGUGAAUAUGAAGAAUUACCUAGCUCAGUGUCAGCCUUGCUGGAAAUGCAGAGCGUCAGUGAUCUGGAGAAAAGUCCACCUUCUACUCCAGCUACAGGAUCUCCCAGCCAUGAUGUUUUGAACACAAGUGUUCCUGAAGAGCUCCACAUGAGCAUCUUACAAGUUUCGAUGCCUUCGUUUUCACCAAUAUCCAAAGACUUGGAAACAUCUGACAAGUCCAAAUCUCCAUCCAAAUCAGAGACUUCAGCUGAUGUGAAUGACGGAAAAACAAUUCUUGACUCUGCUUUAGAAGUGCAAAUGUGUGAUAAUCUGUUAUCUUCAACUCUGCAAAAAUCUAGCAGUCUGGGCAAUUUGAAGAAAGAAGUAUCUGAAAUGGAACAGGAGCCUCUUCAGAAGCCUCCAGAGACAGAACCUCCUGUGCAAAUAAGCAAAUUUGGAAGCCUCCCUCCCAAAGUCCAAGGACCUGGCCCUUCAGCAGAUGACAAUGCCUUUGGCACUCGGAAAGCCCGAUCCUCCUUUGGACGGGGCUUUUUUAAGAUUAAAAACAACAAGAGGACAGCAAGUGCACCAAACCUGGAUCGUAGCCGAAGUGCAAGUGCACCUACGUUAGCUGAAACAGAAAAGGAAACUGCUGAGGACCCAGCUCUGGCUGGCUUAUCUUCCCUAGGAAAGGAUGCAGAGUGCACCAGUCCCUUCCAGUUAUCUCCACCUUCUCCAGACUCCAAAAAGAAAUCCAGGGGUAUCAUGAAGUUAUUUGGGAAACUUAGGAGGAGCCAGUCUACAACUUUCAAUCCAGACGAUAUGUCUGAGCCCGAGUUCAAAAGAGGAGGAACAAGAGCAACUGCUGGACCCCGUCUGGGUUGGUCUAGAGACCUAGGACAAUCCAACAGUGACUUGGAUACACCAUUUGCCAAAUGGACAAAGGAGCAGGUUUGCAACUGGCUCCUGGAUCAAGGAUUAGGUUCAUAUAUGAAUUCAGGCAAACACUGGAUUGCAUCUGGGCAAACUCUCUUACAGGCUUCUCAGCAAGAUCUAGAAAAGGAACUAGGAAUUAAACAUUCACUUCAUCGAAAGAAGCUACAGCUAGCUCUACAAGCCCUGGGAUCUGAAGAGGAAACUAAUCAUGGAAAGCUGGAUUUCAACUGGGUUACCAGGUGGUUGGAUGACAUUGGUCUUCCCCAAUAUAAGACUCAGUUUGAUGAAGGAAGGGUAGAUGGUCGGAUGCUACAUUAUAUGACUGUUGAUGAUUUGUUGUCAUUGAAGGUUGUUAGUGUGUUACACCAUCUUAGUAUCAAAAGAGCCAUCCAGGUGCUAAGGAUAAAUAACUUUGAACCCAACUGUCUACGGAGGCGACCAUCAGAUGAGAGUAAUAUCACUCCCUCAGAAGUUUCCCAAUGGACCAAUCAUCGAGUGAUGGAAUGGCUUCGUUCUGUAGAUUUGGCAGAGUAUGCACCAAAUUUGAGAGGGAGUGGUGUGCAUGGUGGACUCAUGGUUCUGGAGCCUCGUUUUAAUGUUGAAACAAUGGCUCAGUUGUUAAACAUUCCACCAAACAAAACACUGUUAAGACGACAUUUGGCCACUCAUUUCAACUUAUUGAUUGGUGUUGAGGCUCAACGUCAGAAGCGUGAGGCGAUGGAGUCGCCAGAUUAUGUACUUCUAACAGCUACCGCCAAAGUGAAACCAAAAAAACUCACCUUCAGCAAUUUUGGGAAUCUAAGAAAAAAGAAACAAGAAGAUAUGGAGGAAUAUAUAUGCCCUAUGGAACUGGGACAGGCAUCAAGAAAUGCAGCCAAGAAAGGUUAUAGUCCUGGUUUGGACAUGCGUCUAUAUGAUGAUGACGAUUUGGACAGACUAGAACAGAUGGAAGACUCAGAAGGAACAGUAAGGCAAAUUGGGGCAUUUUCAGAAGGCAUCAACAAUUUAACACACAUGUUAAAAGAAGAUGACAUGUUUAAAGACUUUGCCACACGUUCUCCUAGUGCUAGUAUUACGGACGAAGACUCCAAUGUGUGACAGUGACAACUGGGUACUCAUUAGGAGUCCUCUUUUCUAUCCUGUUUCAGAAACACAUUCUGGAGAUGUGUUGGGCUGCAGAUUGUUAAUAUUGUGCUCACUUCUACUUGUUUUGAAGUGAUAUUUUUUUCAAGGGGAUAAGGGAGGGGGUGGGAUAGGUGCCUAUUCUGAAGUUGCCAUGAACAAUGAAACACUGUUGAGUGGUAGUAUAAUGGUUUUUACUCUAUUUAAUGUACAAUUCUGCAACAUAUUUAAAAUACUGCUUUUUAAAUGAUGUUACUAUAGUGUUCCUCUUCACACUAAUGGAAGAUUUUGGAAGAAAAGAGCUAUUAAGUAAAGUAUUCCAUUUCAUUUACUGUGGCUUUUUUAAACAAAAAUUAAGUGGUCACUGAUAAAUUUCUCAACAUCAAUACACAGAAUUCCUUAACUAUUAAAUGUGUUCACCUGAAUGUCACAGUUAUGUCCUUACAUGCCUUUUUACUAUUUCUGUCUUAUUUUUGUACAUUUUUCUAAGCAUGUAUACACACUUAAAUAUAUUAAAUCAUAGCAAACAGAACUUUUAUUUUAUGACACAGGAAGAUAAUGAAAAGAUUGUUGUUGUUGUUGUUUUUAAACAAGUAUUGAUUGCCAUUUGCAAAUGUGCCAGCUGGUUCCUGGAAAGAUUAGACUUUUUGAACUCAAGACUUUCUUAUCUUACCAAAUGCUGACAGUGUUGACCAUUGUGACAAAAUUAGUGACAGGUUAAGUUAGUAAAUCUGAAAUCCCCAAGAAUUAUUUUUCUACCAUGGGUUGGAAUAUUAUACUAUUUAAGAUUUUGACUUCAAAUCCUAGAUUCUUUUACCUAAGAAGAAGAACUUGAGGGCUGUUUUUUAUUCUGCAACUAGAAUAGUUUUUUUUUAUUCCAAAGGAUUCAUUUAGAAAGAAUUAAAAAAAUAAACUUAUAGAAAAAUGUAUUA